CCGAGGCAGGAGAGAGCAGAGUGGAACAAGAAUGGCAGAAAAUGUCAUUAACUCUGACCUGAACUUGCCUGAACCACCCAGAGCCAGGCUACACACCAUCCCUGAUGGCCAAGGUCAGAGCCAUUGUCCCAGAACACGAGCUGCUGCUCUGCUUGCUGUCCUGCUUGUGAUCAUCCUCCUGCUGGCCAUAGCCCUGUAUCUGACACUCACCACGGGCAGCCAACAGGGCCCAACAGCAUUGACCUCCAGCAGCCAAAAUGUCUCAGCACCAUUGUCCCCCAGCAGCCAAGAGGAAUCAACAGAGCUACCCCCCAGCCAUGAGGAGGCACCAGGAAGAAGUUGUUGUUCCACAACACAAGUUGCUGUCCUGGUCACUGAGAUAAUCGUGCUCCUGCUCAUUGUUGUGUGUCAGGUACUCCCAUGUCAAAGCCAUUGUUCCAGAACACAAUUGUCUGUCCUGGUUGUUGUCCUGGUUCCCAUUGUAGUGGCCCUCACCCUGUCUUGGACACUCCCAUAUGGUCCCACUGCCAAAAGCCAAAGUAGAUCAACAACAACCAUCCCUGAAGAGGCACUAGGCUGCCCCCCACCAUGGAAGAAACAUGGCAGAAAAUGCUACUUAUUUUUUCCAGAGACGGAAGCAAUGGACUGGAAUGCUUUCCGUGCAGAAUGCACCGCCAUGGGCUCAGACCUGGUGGUCAUUGAAAGCAGGGAAGAGCUGAGGUACCUGAUCUCACAAUCAAGCCGUAACUACUACUUACUUGGUCUGACACGCUCUCCAGAGGAGCAGAAGUGGAAGUGGAUCAACAACGUGGAACAUGACCCAGCCAUGUUCCGUAUAUUAGGACCUUACCGUGGCUAUCACUGCACAGUCAUUGGAUUUGGUGAAGUACAAGCUGCACCUUGUGGUCGAACCCGAACAACACAAAAUAUGUGUGAAAAAGCUGCAACAAUUUCCAACAGGCAUCUGUAGGAGAGCUAAAACCAUCAUGUGCAGGCUGAUCUGUUCUGCCCAGCUUCCUGUAGGAACCAUGGAUGGGAUGUGUCCCAUUUCCCUUGAGCUGCCCAGUCUCUGCUCCCAGGCUCUCCUGCAGCCUCUCUCCAGCCUCGGGGCUGAGCUCAGCCCAGCCUUUCCCUGCUGCUGCCUGAGCCUGGAUGGAUCCCCUCUGGAAGAGCUGGCCCUGGCACACAGGAGCACUCUGGCACUGUCU